ACUGUGUUGUGAUACAGUCUCUUGGUAACUUUUCUAUUUCAAGGGCAAUAUUUAUCUGCUAUGACCUUCUCAACCAGCCUGGCUUCUUGCUUAUCUUGUCUUUCCAGAUGCCAGGGUCAGAAGAGGUACGUUAGAGAACCAUAGGUACAUUCACUCUAUUGGUCUCAUCUCCUCUGGCGACACAGAUGUGUGAAUGCUGCAGAGAGAGACUGGCCAUUUUGACAUACAAAUGAGUGUCAGCUACUUGUCCCUUGCAGCUGCUGAGCUAAAUGCUCCCAAACAAAGUAGAGAGAAAGGAUGCAAACUGGAGGCUUGUUCCAUGCCCUUAAGAGAUGGGGCAGGGGGGAGAAGGUGCUGAGAGAGACAGUGGUGUGUGUACAGGAUGUCAUGGUUACCUCUCUGACAAAACAAAUGGCACCACUUAAUGAUGGUCACCCAAAGAGCUAUGGAAAAGUGUGUGUUAAUCAGCUGGCAGGCAGCGGAGCUAGGUCCCUGCUAUGCGAAGCAGAAGCCUUCACAGGAUCACAGACAGCCCCCAGGCGCUGGAGGGGAACGGUAGAGCUCUGGCAGAGGGACACAUGUUGCUGCAGCUUGCAGGGCUGCCGCAGGUCCUGACACCCAAGCUACCCCAGAGCCCAUAAGCAGGAUGCCAGGGCUCAUUAACUGGACAAGCAGCUCCCCCCUCCCCCUCACAGCCUCCGAGGUCACCUCUUGCGUCAGCGGCUAUGCCUUUGGGAUGACUGCCUCCCUGACCUACGGCAACCCGGAGGUCCAUCCUUUUGAAGGUCUCUUUGUCUACCCACUGGAUGAGUACACCACCGUGGUUGGGUUCGAAGCUGUCGUUUCCAGGCGGGCUGUGACCGUGCAGAUCAAAGACAAAGCCAAAAUAGACGACUGUUACUUGGACUGCGGCAGCCUCCCCAGUGGAAGAGCUCAGGAUGGCAGCGGAAGGAUUGUGCUGGAUGAGGAUUUGGAGCGAAUCGUUUUUGUGGCUAACCUGGGUGUGAUCCCUCCGCUGGAAAGCGUGUCCGUUUUCAUCAGCACCUCCUCGGAGCUGCAGACUCUCCCGAGCGGUGCCGUGAGGGUCCUUCUCCCAGCCGUGUGUGUCCCCAAGGUGCCCCAGUGUGGCGUGGAAAGCACCAGCCUCUCUGGACACCAGCUCCGAGCAGAUCGACAUUCCUGUGGAGCUGGGAGCCUGGAUCCAGCUAACAAGUUCUGUCUGGCCCAGCUGCUGGAGAGGGAGGCCACCAACCCCACUGAGUACGAGUUCAGCUUCCACCUGGAGAUCCGGGGGCCCUGUGUACUCGCAGGAGUGGAAAGCCCCACACACGAGAUCCGAGCUGAUGCUGACCCCUCUGCCCGCUCUGCCAAGAGCAUCAUGAUCACGCUGGCCAACAAACACACUUUCGACAGACCGGUGGAAAUAUUAAUCCAUCCGAGCGAGCCCCAUAUGCCUCACGUCUUGAUGGAAGAGGGCGACAUGACCCCUACAGCAUAUGAGCAACACCUGAAGGGGAGAAAUGAUUUCAUUAAAGGGACCAAGAAGGACCCCAGUGCCGAGAAAAAGACGGAAAUCAUCAGGAAACGCCUGAACAAGGACAUCCCUCACCACCCCGUGAUCAUGCUGAACUUCUGCCCUGACCUGAGAACCAGCCAGCCAGACCUCAGGGAAACCCAGGGAGAGUUUAUAUUUCUGAUAGACCGCAGUGGAAGCAUGAGCGGCACAAACAUCAACCACGUCAAGGAUGCCCUGCUGGUCAUACUCAAGAGCCUGGCACCGGCAUGCCUCUUCAACAUCAUUGGAUUUGGGUCGACCUUUAAGACCCUCUUUCCUUCCAGUCACACUUACUGUGAGGAGAGUCUGGCUAUUGCGUGUGAGAGCAUCAAGAAGAUCCGGGCGGAUAUGGGCGGCACCAACAUCUUGUCCCCUUUAAAGUGGAUCAUCCGGCAGCCCAUCCACAGGGGCCACCCGCGCCUGCUCUUCCUGCUGACCGACGGAGCUGUCAGCAACACCGGGAAGGUCAUUGAGCUGCUGCGGAAUCACUCUUCCUCCACCAGGUGCUACAGCUUUGGCAUUGGGCAGAACGCCUGCAGGAGGCUGGUGCGUGGGCUGGCUGCCGUGUCCAAGGGGAGUGCAGAAUUCCUGGCAGAGGGCGAGAGGCUGCAGCCAAAGAUGAUCAAGUCUCUGAAGAAAGCUAUGGCACCUGUCCUGAGCGAUGUAACCGUGGAGUGGGUCUUUCCUGAAACCACUGAGGUCUUGAUCUCCCCAGUCAGUGCCAGCUGCCUCUUCCCUGGUGAUCGGCUGGUUGGGUACAGCAUUGUCUGUGACACGUCCCUGUACAUCUCCAACCCCAGAGCUGACAAGAGACGGCGUUACAGCAUGAUGCAUUCCCAGGAGUCAGGCAGUUCCGUUUUCUUUCACUCCCAGGAAGAGGGAGCUAGCUUGGACAGCUGGAGCUAUCCCAAGGACUCUGCGGGGGGGCUCCCUUCAGAGCAGACCCCUGAUCUCUUGGUGGUUGGCGAAGAACCGAGGAGAGAAUCUGACCCAGAUACUGGGCUGGACCCUAAAUCCUCCUCCAGGCGAAGGGUGUACAGCACCAAUCAGAUUGUCAGCCACGAGCCUUUCAAGAGGGUCCCCACAGCCAGCGAUCCGAGCGCAGCCCUGGGGAAGAAUCCCCUUCGCAAAGCCCACAUACAGGAUCUGUGCCAGCUCAGCCCGGAGCCACAGCCAUGGUUAGCGGAUUUCCAGCCUUUCACCGCCAGCCCCUACGUCGCCACCACACGGAUACGAGGCACCGGCGCCAGGAGGCCCUCUUUGCUGUUUUGUCAGGACGUGGACGCUCCCCAGCCACGGGAUGGCCUCCAACACAUGGCUCCAGGCAGGUGCCUGGGUCAGCCGGAGACCAGCUCUGUCCUGAGAUCCUCCUCGGGCAGCCGGAGCCCUGGGGAUCAGGAAUCUGCCCAGCACCCUUCCUUUGCCUUUGAAACAGAGACUUCGUCAGACUGCGAUCCCCAAGAGCUUGAUCUCAGCUCCACCACGUGGUCCCCGCGCUCCCCCAGGGCCAUCUGCAAGGCAGUGGUGAAGGGGUUAAGGAGUAAUGAGCCUGUCCAGUGGGAAAUCACCUUUGACAUCCGGCCCCUGUUCCAAAACAGAGAGAGCUGUGAGAAUGGUGAAGGGGAUCUGUGGAACGAGACCUUCCACCACUUGGCGGCAAAGUCCAUCAUCCGGGAUUUCGAGCAGCUGGCCGAGAAGGAAUGUGAAAUCGAACACGGGGCUGGGAGGCGGUACCAGAUAAAUGCCGUCCAAACCAGCAAAGUCUGCAAUGUCAUCAGCAAGUACACGGCCUUUGUCCCGGUGGACCUGAGCACCAGUGGCUACCUGCCAACCGUGGUCGAAUAUGUCAGUGCAGGGCCAGCUUCCAAACAAGGUGGCCAGAGGAGCUCAGGCUCAGGAAGCAGAAGGCACCGAGUCUUCUCCGUCGGACUCGGACGCACCCAGUCAACUUGCGGCCAGGAUGGAGCAGAUGAUGGAUUUUACAGCAUGCAUGAGAACAGCCUGUCGCCCGGCAGCGCACCUGCCUCUUCCGGCUGGGAGCGCUACAGUGUCCCGGAAGCUUCACUGCAGAGUCCGUCUGCUCCCUCUGCUCACUCCCAGAAGUCUAUCGAUACCCUUUUUUCUGCCAGAUUGACCCUUCAUAAAACAAGACUGCUGACUCGAGCAGCCAAAGGUUUCAUGAGUAAAUCCCCAAGUCGGAUGAAUGAACCCAGCUCUGAUAGCAGCAAUGAAAACAUUGACUACCUACCCCUGGUGUCUCUGCAGUUGGCCUGCGGUGCCUUCCUGCUGAACCCAGCGUUCUGCCACGCAAUCAGCAUUCCCAUGGAGAAGCUGAAGUGGACGUCUCCAUUCACCUGCCACCGGAUGGCUCUGAGCCCCUCCGGCAGCUCCUACAAUGCUAAGAAGUCAGGCCUGCCUCGAGAACCCAAGAGCCCUGGAGGCAGCUGGCAGCUGCUGGCACCGAACGACGUUCCCAGAGAGAGCUUCUCAGACAGAGACUUCACUCCCAGUGCAACGCUGAACGGCUAUGGUGAGAGUACGGGAGACGCAGGCCGGCCUCGCCACUUCUCUGGCAGCGCAGUGGAAAGCCUGUCAAAGGCCCUGAAAGCUGAGAACGAACUCUCACCCCCUGCCAUCACCAUCCGCCGCUUCUCCUCCCCUGAGAGCACCCAGUCCCCUCGGGAGCCGCAGAGUGACAGCGGCAGAGGCUCCGAGUCGGACAGCUCCGAGUUGCAGUCCCUGCUCUUUGACAUUGAGCUGCACCAGUGGGCUGAACCGGAGGGGAUGCUCUGGGCCACAGCGGUCGCCCUGGCCUGGCUGGAGCACAGCUCAGCCUCCUACUUCAUCGAGUGGGAGCUGGUGGCUGCCAAGGCCAGCAUGUGGCUGAAUGAGCAGGAGUUCCCGGAGGGCCGUAGCCCGGGGACCGUCAAGGCCGCAGCCCGGCAGCUGUUUGUUUUGCUCAGGCACUGGGACGAAAACCUUGAGUUCAACUUGUUGUGCUACAACCCCAACAAUGUGUAGGGAGGGUGAGUGCGAAAGGCGGGAGUCAGGCAGUCAUCUGAGUGAGCUCCUGGGGUACAGGGACUGGUCCUUAAAGAAACACAGCCUAAUGGCUAAGCUCUACCACUACAGUGCCAUGCUAUGUACCUUUAUUAGAACAAGCCUUUCUGCAGGCCAGAAAAUAAUCAAGGUCAUUCAAACCCCAGCACUAAACAAUCAUUAUUCUUGUUGUAUAAGCAGGGUAUGAUUCACCUGUAGCACUCACUGCUGCAGGAUGUUAUUAAGGCCAAUAUCUAAACGAAAGGAUUAUUCAGUUCUGUGACUAGGAAUAGCAUCUCCAGGUACACAAGAUACUGGGCACCUUCCCUUCAGGCUGGGUGUCAUCUGAUCCCCCGCACCAGUCCCAGAAAGAGAAUCCCAAAUCUUCAUUCAACCCUCCCACGCUUCGCCAUCCAGCCAAGCCAUUCCCCUUUCCCCCAGUCCCCAUCAAUCCUGCAUUCAUCUUUUCACACAGAGCAUUUCCAGCUGUGAUUCAUCGUUCCCCGGCCUCCAUCUAGACUGCGUUAUCAUGAAGAUUAACAUGUGUCUCGUCUCAGGAAUUUGUGUUCGAGCAGCCACUCUGCCUCAUGGGUUAAGGUUAUUGGAAAUCCAGACUGCGGCCAAGCAGCUUAAGAUGAAACAGCAACACUGGGGAAAACCAUGGAAUGAAUUGCCAGGUCCUCCCAGAUCACUCAUUCUCUACAGUUGUGAAUUUGGACUGGGAUUUUCAAAAGGAGCCUACAGGAUAUAAACAUCCAGAUCCUAUUGAAAUCCCAAGUGGGUGUAUACCUCCCUUAGGCAUCUUUGGAUAUUCUGGCCUUGGUUCCAGGGACAGUCUGUCAGCUGUGAAACAACCUGUAAAUGUGCCCUAGAAUCUUUUGCAUGCAGAGCGGGGGUAGGCCGGGGCCAGACUGCAUAGCCAGCGAGCAGCCGGAGGAAUGCAGGAGGUGGAUUAAAGCAAAUCUAUUCCCCAGGCACUUUCAGGCACAGCGUAGCAGAGCUAGUAGAAUGCACCUUGGAUUAGAGCAGUUAAAGCUUUUCAGUCCCCAUCAGUGCAUUGAGUACAUUCCCAGGAGGCUGUCCUUCUAGAGGGAGAGGCUGUAUCAGUGAUUUAGAGUAUUAUAUUUGAUCUGAACCAGAAGGUCUGGCCAACAGUCCUGCGUUAUAUCUACGUUUUCAAGCCCAUGCCACUUUGCCCAGUGGCUUUGAAGCUUGUGUUCUUACACUUCGAUUUUUCUGACCCUCAUGCAAAACAGUCUGCUGUCCCACUGAAAGCGUCUGCUAGCCAUGCUUGUGGGUCAGGGGUUUGGUGGAGCUCGCUUGCCGUUGACUUUUUUCCCCCUUUCCUCGGCAGACUGAGUGUCACUUUCUUGUGCCCACUGCAGACUUGUUGCAUGACCUUUCAUCAUAGCUCCCCUCUCAUAACGCCCCUCUUGAGCGUAUGGGCAAAGCUAAGCGCUGCCCAGCAUUUGUCUCUUGCCUGUCUUUUGAACUGCUUGAAUUCCAUCCUCCUUCCUUGAGUCUCGCUGCUGAAUUUGUUUCCAUUCUCGCAGUGCUGUGUUUUGACUUGACUGCCAUACCCCAGCUCAGCAUAUGACAGGCAGCAUCUGUGACAGCUGAUAGCAAAUUGUAUUGACAGACCCUUUUUUGAGUGUAAUUACUCAGCAGGAACCAUUCUGAAUCAGUUAUUCAUAGUGGAAGGCAACUUUAAUCCAGAGACUUUAGUUCUCAGCAGCGUCACCAGAACCGGUCCCAUUAACUCUUGUUAAUGCCACUUUGGCUGACAAUUGUCAGAAGCAUAUUAAUUAAAUGAAAUACAUUACAACCUCCUUAGUUCAGAAUAGAUUGAAAAUUAAAGACCGGAUUCUGCCCGCGGGCCCAGCAAUAGGACUCACUGAAAUCAAUGGGCGUUUGGACACAUGUAUCCAAGGGCAGAAUGUGACCCAUGACAAACCAAUCAGCGCAACUUGCUUGCCCUAAUAAAUGUGCAAACAACUGUGGCUGUCUCAUUGGUGGGGACAGAUGGUGAAUGCAUCCUCAUUCCCAUGCAGGAAAGUGGGUGAUGCCCUAACAUCAGGGCAUCUCCUGCAUUCAAAUUUUAGGCUGCCAUUCAGGAAAACAUCCCUAUUCAGGCCAAUGCUUAAGCAUGUGUUUAACUGGGUCUCACUGAAGUCAACAGAACAUAAGCACCUACUUCUGUAUAUCUGGCCCAUAGCCAUUAGCUGCUCCCUGGCUACAGAGAGUUGGAGGUCUUGGGUGAAAGAAAGCUAAAGAUUUGAGGUUGAUGGGUGAGGAAUGGAGCUGGUUGAAAUUUAUCGACCCAGACACUUUCCGCUGGAAAACCUGGUUUAGUUGAAGUUGACAUUUUGGAGGGAAAAUGUUGAUUUCAAUGAAUUUUGGUGAUUUUUUUUUUCCUGACAGGAAAAUUCUAAAAAUAAUUUAGUUUCAGCUUCAAAUUUUGUUUUAUUUUUGGUCCCAGGAAACUGACCAAUUUCACUUUCCCUUUUCAGUUUUUGGUUCUUCUGCCCCCCCCCCCUCCAAUUUUUAUCCCUCUCCCUUUUUUCCCAUUGGAAGAAGGCAGGAGAGGUAAGAAGAAUGUGAGAAAAUGAGCUUUGUUUUGCAGCUGGAAAUAAUUAGAAAGCAGAAAGUGGGGCUUUCCCCCACUUCCUGUUGAAACCAAACCUUUCAUUUGGAAAUUUCCCAUGGAAAAUGGACAUUUUUCAACCCAGACAUACUCAGUGGGCAUUUGUUGCAAGAAAGCUGCUGGUUUCUGACCAGCUCUUGUGAGAACAGCUUGCAGGGGGUCUGAGCUGCUUUUGUCACUAGAGCAGGUUACAAGAAACUCCCCAUCCCUAUUGCUGUCAAAUCCAGGGCAAUUAUGUCUUGUCCACUCAGGCAGUGGGAGUGUGUUCCAGUUCUAAACCUUUCCAGGGUCUUUCCUGGUCAUGUUUCAAACGAGUCUCUGAACCUGCUGGAAUCCCACGCAUGAUCAGAAGGGCACCACGAGCCCAAGCAUUACAGCAACCACCCUUGUGUCAUUGGGUGAUGUUUCUACUUCAUCAAAUGGGAGUGUCACAUUCCCUUCCAGGCAGGUCAGCUGCUCCUCUUGUCUCAAGUACCAUAUCAUGGAAGACAGCAAACUGAAGCUUACACAUACAGCUAAGUGUUAGCCUGUUCCUUAACCAUCUGGCCCAGUGAUGUGGUAUCAGUGUGCAAGGGCCCGGUUCCAGGCCAUGUGAUGUGAGUCUGAGUGUCUUUUGGUAGGUGGCAUGACCUGAUCUGUUUGUGAAGUGUUUUUGCAAUGUCCUGUCCUCUCACCUCAUGCCCCUAUUCCCCUUGGCCGGCCCCAAGGCUCUGCUUUGUAAAUACCAGAAGCAUAAAUCAAUGCAAAACACCCCACAGUGUCUCCUUUGUACCAUAGGGGAGAACCUGGCUCUCUCAGCAGACCUAGUGAAGCUAGUGGGUAAGGGAGGCCCAGACUAGAGGCCCUGAGUGGUACAGCCACACAGGCUGUGCACAUGUGAAAUGCAAAGGCGCUUAGGAGACGCAUAGACCUGAGGCACAGGUCCUGGGGUGGUGUCACGACAGCUCUGUCUACAAUGCUGCAGGAGCUUAUUUCUAUGCAUUCAGGUCACUUUAGAUGCUUCCAGGUUAUGGGCUUUUCAUGAUCCUUUAAACCAGCUUUGCAGUUAGAGACUUUGCAGGAACUUAAUAUGUGAGUCACAUUCUAAUUGCUCAUUUUACACAGCUCAAGACCUCCACAGCGCAUACAGACCUUGGAGGUGUAACCUCGCCACUCACCAGAAUCCUCUUGAUGCAAAACUAUGGCCUGGGACAUAGCAUUCAGAAUCUCCCAAGAGAAUGCAAGCCUUGCUAACGGCAGCUAGAAACAUGGCUGACGUAUCCUAUUGCACAGGGUGUGUUUGCUACAGCGUAGGAAGAACCAUGGCCUGUUCAGAACAAAACAGUGAAACAUGCACCUUCUGGAGCAUGUUAUGUAACAGCAGCGGCGUACGGUAACAUAGGAACAGCCUUGAUAAGCGUGGUUAGUGUGUCUUGGCUUUGCCCCGCAGCAGUUCUGGGAACCAAUGCAUCAUGCCUGCGACUUUUGGCCCCACAUAACUUGAUGUUUAUUGGCAGCCCUGAGAGGAUAACAGCAGGCACUCCCACUGCUCUGUUCUCAGAGAUGCUAGCAGUCUCGAACUGUCAGCUCAGCAGUUUUCAAUCCAUAUGCCAUCAUUCAGAGGUCAUUAACCCCAAGGGAAGGGGACCUUGAAUUCAGCGCUCAGAUAAGAUAUUAUUUGGGGGUAAUUAGGUGGGUUUUUUUAAAACCUACCCGCAAAACCUACCUCUCUCUUGCCUUUUUUCCAACUCACCACGCACACCGGCGCACACACCCACUUCUGGGCUGUUACUACAAAGAUAUUAGCAAAGCCUUGAAUCAGCUUCACCAUUGGGCCAUGUAUGAGGGACUUGACCCAGACCUCACCUUCACGGAUUGACAAUUAACCAAGCUGGUUCCAAUCAGUUCUCCGAAAAAAAGACACUGAAUCAGUGGAGAUUUGAACCACUGCCCUUAUGCAGCUUCUUGCCGCUUUAAGACUCAGUUCUGGUGACUUGAAACGACCUGCAGACAUUUGAAUGUUCCCCCUUUACAGGUUCCUUAAGGCAAAAGGCUCACAAUUUGGCCAUCUAAUGUCUAACUUUGGUAUCAAACCUUCAUACCAAGGUACCAACACAACAGCUUUAGCAUGGACAGGACAUGCUGUGGCCCUCGCUGUUGAUUGUACAUGUUGGGUGUGUUAAGGAUAGCACUUCUCGUGGACGCUCAAGUGAAUGUUUAAACCCUGCAUCACUUAAUCCCUCACUGACUGCUGCCAUGAAGUCCCAUAGCACAGCCUCUGGGUUUGAUGUAGGUUGCCUGGGCUGGCCACCAGAGGGUGACUUCAUUUCACAGUCACCAAGAUACCGCUUUCUAUUUGGCUGUUAAUAACAAGGUAAAGCAUUAAAGGCAUGACUCUCAUCCUUAGCGUCUGGGCCGCUCUGCAGGUCAGAACCUUAGAGCAGUAUAUAUGUCAUGCUCUCCCCUGCAGCACCAAGGCCCAGCUCUGUAGAUAAGCCAGCUCCCUCUACCCUGACGUCUGUUCAGCAGCGAAAGAUCCUCCUGGAUGGACUGUCUCUGGAUGACAGGGUUAGCAGUAUGAUUCGUGCUUUCCCUGAAUCUUUUACCUGACCCUUGGCAUACAGUUGGCUGGCUGAUUUCUAUUUCCCAUGUUGCAAAUCCUUUUAUCCAGUGUAAAAACCCAUGACCAUGCUGAAAUACUUCACAUUUAGCCAAUGCUAAGGGCACCAGAGCCUUGUACAAACACUAUCUCAGCCUCACAGUCCCCUGUAAGAGGGGUAAGGAUGAUGAUCUCCAUUUUACAGGUGGAGAAACUGAGGCACAGAGGUUAAGUGACUUGCCUAUGGUCACCUGAAAAGCCUGUGGCAGAGCCAGGAAUAGAACCUGGGAGUCAUGACUCCCAGCCUCCCUGCUCUAAACACUAGCAAACACUGCCUCACACACUGUAAGACAAGGUUGCAGUUCUCCAACCACCCUGUUGUCAUCUGAUCUUGGAUUCAGUCCCUGGUGCCAGGGAUGCAUUGACCCCACACCUGUGCUCAAGUCAGAGUUCUCUAUCGCUGUACUGGUGCUGGUGAAGUGUGUGGUGUAAUUUAGCUGUCAAUUUAACUGGGUGGCUUCAUGCAGUCUGCUGUGGUUCGAGUGACAUGGCUGGCGAUUGUCCUCCGGAUCCUCAAGUGCCUAUGGACGUGACCUCACGCUCUCGCAUACAAAGUGACUGUCGUCCCGUGACAUUGUCCUGCUCAUUGAAGACCUGUUGCCUUGCGCUCACUUUCCUGAUAUAUAGCAACAUCGCCUCGUUCAGUGAGCUUUGAUUUUCAUGUCGGGGG